GUGCCAACGACGCGUCUUCCUUCUCUCAGCAACUCGAACCGUGUCUCUGCUCAUCCGGGGCCGGGUCCCAUGGCCAACCCAACGCAGCUCCGACAAUGACCUCGCUCAAGACCGGCCCCGCGACGCCGGGCCUGCAUCUCCUCUACAUCCCCGCCGUGUGCGCUCUGAUCCUCUUCCAGGGCUACUACUCGCAGUACCUCUUCAACAGCGACCCCGCCCUCGACCCUGGGCCUCUCACUCGCCGCCAAACACUCACCUUCAACAUCCUGCUUCUGUGCCUCUGGUGGACCUAUUACCGCGCCUGCACCGUCGACCCGGGUCGGUACCGCUUCCCGCCAUCACCACCGUCGUCAUCCUCGUCUGCCCCCAAUCCCUCGCGCGAGCGCGAGCCCGACCUCCGCGCUGCCUGGAGCUCGACCUCGAUCUCGACCCUCCACAAACGCGCGCGCUGGUGCAAGAAAUGCGCCGCCCCGAAGCCGCUCCGCGCCCACCACUGCCGGCACUGCGGGCGCUGCAUCCCCAAGAUGGACCACCACUGCCCGUGGACGGGCAGCUGCGUCUCGAUGCAGACCUUCCCGUACUUCCUGCGCUUCCUGCUGUACACGAACCUCGCGCUGUGGUACCUGGCCCGCCUGCUGUGGCACCGCGCCGCCGCCGUGUGGGCGGCCCGCCGCCUGCCCGCCUACCUCGGCCCGUCGCUGUCCAGCCUGAUCGGCUUGACGGUGCUGGCGCUGGCGAAUGCGGCGACCGUCUUCGCCCUCGGCGUGCUGCUGUUUACCACCGUCAAGGGGUGGGUCUUCAACUGCACCAUGAUCGAGAACUGGGAGGUGGAUCGGCAUGAGGCCGUGCUGGCGCGCAUGGACGACACGGGCCCCGGGGGUGGGCACUUCUGGAGCGACGAUGACGCCGCGCUGCGCGAGACGCUCGAGCGGAUCGAGUUUCCGUACGACAUCGGCGUGUUUGCGAACAUGGCGCAGGCGAUGGGGACGCGGAACCCCCUCAGGUGGUUCUUGCCGGUGUUCGGAGGCGGGCCGGUGAUUAACAACGAGACUCCCGGGAAGGGUCCCGGGUGGGAGUGGGAGGAGAACGGUUUCAAUGAUCUGCCUGGGCUGUGGCCGCCCCCCGAUCCGGAGAGGAUGCGACAGGCGAGGAGGGGUGCGUGGCCCGGUGCUGCGCAGCAGCUGGGUCCAAGAUACGACCAGUAUCAGACCCCUGAAGAGGUGAAGGCGGCUUUUGCCAAGCGGCAGAAGGAGGACUUCCUGAGGAGGCGGAGGGUGCACGCGCAACAGGUUCACCAGCGGUCCGGAAUCAUUGCCGAGUUGGAAGAGACGGACGAGCUGCCCCGUUCCGGGGAAGAAAGGGAUGGUGAGAACGACGAGUGGGUUGAGACGCACCUCUGGACGAACUCUGACGGCGACCGCCUGUGGGACUAUGGUGUGGACGAGGACGUUGAGGAGGAACUUAUAUCUGCGGACAACAAGGACGACGACGUGCCUUUGGCGGAGUUGAUUCGCAGGCGAACAGUCCGGUCGAGGGAAGACGAUGGCUGAGUUACUCUCUGGGUCGCAAGCGACGCCGCUAGCAUUGCGCUUGUUCAUCGGGAUAGAAAAGGCGGUUGCAGAAUAUGCCGGCCAUCGGGACCGCUUCUAGAUUUUGAACUUUGUCACAAGACGGCACUUCUCUAAC